AUGUCUUUCAGAGUCACAAAAACACUCACCUCAAAUGACGGCAAGAACGAAGAUGUUCCCUAUGGACCCUCAGUCUGGUACACCGACAAACACCUGUUCACCUACGGCCACGAGUUACAACUGCCAGAAGCGCGACUUCAGAACUGGUAUCCAUCGUCUUUUGUAGACCCUAAGGACCCAAGCAUUCGCUUCCAAACAAUGGAGCACUACAUAAUGUGGCGCAAAGCCGAGUGCUUCCAGGACCACGAGACAGCGAACAAGAUUCUCGUGGCAGCUACGCCUAGUGAAGCCCAAGCACUAGGCCGCCAGGUCAAGAACUUCGAUGGCAUGAUGUGGCGCAAAUAUUGGAUUGGUGUUGCAGAGGAUGGAAAUUGGUUGAAGUUUUCCCAAGUCGCUGAAUGCCGAGAGGCCUUGUUGGCGACAGGUGAUAGAGUACUCGCAGAAUCAAAUCCUGCUGACAGAAACUGGGGCAUCGGAUUCCGUGGAGACGAGGCUGCAGACCAUGAGAGUGAAUGGGGCACGAACUUGCUCGGCCUGGCGCAGAUGAGAGUCCGGGAUAGACUCAGGAAGGAGGAGAAGCAGUAG